ACUCACCGGUGCCCUUGAUUCUGCUAACUUUGACAUGUGAGCAGCACAAACAUGUCUUUCCCUAAAAAACCUGGAGGCAAAGCGCUGGAUGUUUUGCAGAACCUGCCGCGGAUAAGUUUGGCGAACAUGCGGCCUGAACCAGGAGCUGGAAGAACGAGUAAAAGACGAGGCAGAGGACAACAUGGUGGCAACAGAAGCGGCCGAGGACACAAAGGAGAGCGACAGAGAGGGAACCGUCCACGGCUCGGGUUUGAAGGCGGUCAGACCCCGUUUUACCUGGUUAUUCCAAAAUAUGGCUUCAAUGAAGGACAGAGCCGCCGUCCUCAGUACCAGCCUCUGUCUUUAAAACGACUGCAGUACCUGAUUGAUGUGGGGCGAGUGGACACGACGCAGCCUGUAGACCUGACGCAGCUGGUCAAUGGCAGAGGGGUCACGAUACAGCCUCUAAAGAAGGACUAUGGCGUCCAGCUUGUUGAUGAGGGUGCUGACAUUUUUGCUGCAAAAAUAAACAUCGAGGUUCAGAGAGCUUCUGAAGGAGCCAUAGCUGCUAUUGAGAGGAACGGUGGCGUCAUCACAACCACUUUCUAUGACCCUAUCAGUCUUGGGAUUCUCAUCAAGCCUGUGCCGUUUUUCUUACGCGGUCAGCCGAUCCCAAAGCGCAUGUUACCAGGACAGGAUAUGGUCCCGUACUACACGGACGCGGAGAACCGAGGUUACUUGGCUGACCCGGAAAAGAUCCAGCAGGCCCGGCUCGCCCUGGCACAGAAGUACGGUUACAUUUUGCCAGACCUUUCAAAGGAUGAACUGUAUCACAUGCUGUCGACGAGGAAGGAUGUUCGACAGAUCUUCUUUGGCCUCGCGCCAGGCUGGGUCGUUAACAUGUCAGAGAAGAAGAUACUGAAACCUACUGAUGAGAAACUGCUUCAGUAUUACAGUUCGUAGGAGUAAAAGUAAAUGUUUUGUACAUUAUUGUCAGUAAAAUACAGAGUUUUGCUUGUUGGGGAUGUUUCCAUUUGAUAUAAAUAUGUGGAAAUCAUUAAACUGUAUCUUUAAAACCA